AUGAAUCCUGAGCGCUAUGCAGAACUAAAUGACGGCCGCCACAUUCCUGUGCUUGGCUUUGGAACCUUUGCCCCAGAAGAGGUUCCCAAGAGUAUGGUUAUGGAAGCCACCAAAAUAGCUAUAGAUGCCGGGUUCCGCCAUAUUGAUUCAGCUUAUUUCUACCAAAAUGAGGAGGAAGUAGGGCUGGCCAUCCGAAGCAAGAUUGCUGAUGGCACUGUGAAGAGAGAAGAUAUAUUCUACACUUCAAAGCUUCCCAGCACAUGUCACAGACCAGAGCUGGUCCGGCCUUGCUUGGAACAAUCACUGAAAAAGCUUCAGCUGGAUUAUGUUGACCUCUAUCUUAUUCAUUUCCCAGUGCCAUUGAAGCCAAGCAACGAUCUUACUCCAACAGAUGAACAUGGGAUAUUAUUUGACACAGUGGAUCUCUGUGACACAUGGGAGGCCAUGGAGAAGUGUAAGGAUUCAGGGUUAGCCAAGUCCAUCGGGGUGUCCAACUUUAACCGCAGGCAGUUGGAGAUGAUCCUGAACAAGCCAGGGCUCAAGUACAAGCCUGUGUGCAACCAGGUGGAAUGCCAUCCUUAUCUGAACCAGAGCGAGCUCCUGGGUUACUGCAAAUCAAAAGACAUCGUUCUGGCUGCCUAUGGUGCUCUAGGCACCCAGCGAUGCAAGGACUGGAUUGAGGAGAAUGCCCCAUAUCUCUUGGAAGACCCAACUCUCUGUGCUAUGGCGGAAAAGCACAAACUAACUCCGGCCCUAAUUUCCCUCCGGUAUCUACUACAGCGUGGGAUUGUGGUUCUCACCAAGAGUUUCAGUGAGAAGCGGAUCAAGGAGAACAUGAGGGUUUUUGAGUUCCAGUUGCCAGCAGAGGACAUGGCAGUUAUUGAUAGGCUGAACAAAAAUUACCGAUAUGCUACUGCUCGUAGUACUUCUGCUCACCCCAAUUAUCCCUUUUGGGAUGAAUAUUAA